AUGUAUAAAAGUAAGCCUAUACUCACAGCGCAAGAAGCUUUGCGAUCUAUGAAUGAAAUGAGAGAGAUGUCGAAGAUACUAACUUCGUCGACAAAAAGUUUGGAAAAUAUGUGGAGUAAUGUGAAAAAUGUAAAAGAUGGAGAAGUUGGGAGUCACCUGAAAUCAAACGCUGAUGCCGCAGACGAUGGGGAAGACUCGGAUUUCUCUACGAGCUUAAUCAACGAGUUAUCGAACAAGUCUAUAGAUGAAGAACUGAACAACAUGGUUCAACGCCAUCAACAGCAGAAAAAAGUGAAAGUGAAAAGUCCAGUAAGGCCAACUCGUAAUGCAAUUAGCCGAAUUGACAUGGCAGUGCUCCUGUUUUUUUUAUUCAGAAAAUGUAAGGGAGAGGUUGAAGCAAAAGAAGUUUUGAGAAAGCAUAGAAACACGGAAAACUACAAAAAAAAGAUUCUCCAGCUAUCCAGAAGCAAAUCGAUUGAGAAUCCUGUACGAACGAUUUCUCAGGAGUUAAGACUAAUUGUUUCAAGAGCUGAAAAGUUUCUGAUAGAAAAGUGUAAACUGGAUCUCAUAGCGGAAGAGUUGUUCAGAAUAAUAUACAAUAUUCUAACUAAGUACGAAUGUAAGCAGUACACCUUACAGACUAAGCAUACUCUAAUAGAAGCGAAGAAGUUUCUGACUAGCUCUCGGCCAAACUGGAAACCAACUGAUUAUUUUGCUAAAGUUCUUUCAAUGUAUAAAGUUUAA